UUCCAAAUCAUCAUCAUCAAUACACACAUAAGCGCUUUGCCAAGCCCUUUCUCUCAUUCAAUAUACCGACUAAAAUUUGCAUCAACUUUAAAAAUGCAACUUCCUACAUUCGCUCUUCUUACAAGCAUGAUGCUUGCUACAGUCUCUGCUGUUACCUACAAGACAAACAGCGUCACUGCCGUCUGCGUAAACGGCAACACUCUCUUCUGCAGCGCUGGCGAUGGCAACGGAGGCACCUGUGGGAAUAACAUACCGGAUGGGUUUGACGAAAAGGCUACCAAAGCCAACGAAGCUGUAUGCGUGGGUAAAAAGCUGGCUGAUCCUUGCGCACAGACUGUUGUCUGUCCGUAGGUGUUCACGUGCUGGUUUGGAGGUCUGAGGGGACCAACAGGUUCCAUAGCUCUAGUGCAACCU